GCGAACGAGGGCGUCGGCCAUUUUGUGUCUGUUUCCUGUGGGACGCGGUGGUGGCUGUUAGGUCGGGGGAGCGAGGUGUAUUCGUCUUGAUUCUCUUGCUUCCUUUCUCCUCAGCUUUACUAGCGCAGUUAUGGGUCGCAAGAAGAAGAAGCAGCUGAAGCCAUGGUGCUGGUAUUGUAAUAGAGAUUUUGAUGAUGAGAAGAUCCUUAUACAGCAUCAAAAAGCAAAACAUUUCAAAUGCCAUAUAUGUCAUAAGAAAUUGUAUACAGGACCUGGUUUAGCUAUUCAUUGCAUGCAGGUACAUAAAGAGACAAUAGAUGCUGUACCAAAUGCAAUACCUGGAAGAACAGACAUAGAGUUGGAAAUAUAUGGUAUGGAAGGUAUUCCAGAAAAGGACAUGGAUGAAAGACGACGACUUCUUGAACAGAAAACUCAAGAGAGUCAAAAAAAGAAACAACAAGAUGAUUCUGAUGAAUAUGAUGAUGAUGAGUCUGCCGCUUCAACUUCAUUUCAGCCACAGCCUGUUCAGCCCCAACAAGGUUAUAUACCUCCAAUGGCGCAACCAGGACUGCCACCAGUUCCAGGAUUAGAUUUUGAUUUUGUCAUACAUUUUCACAGAUUGCAUCAUCAGAGAAAAUACACCCAGUCAUUUUGCGGUGAAAACAUAAUGAUGCCAAUGGGUGGAAUGAUGCCACCUGGACCUGGAAUACCACCUCUGAUGCCUGGUAUGCCACCAGGUAUGCCUCCUCCUGUUCCCCGUCCUGGGAUUCCUCCAAUGACUCAAGCACAGGCUGUUUCAGCACCUGGUAUUCUCAAUAGACCACCUGCACCAACAGCAACAGUACCUGCUCCACAGCCUCCAGUUACUAAGCCUCUUUUCCCCAGUGCCGGGCAGAUGGGGACACCUGUAACAAGCUCAAGUACAGCUUCAUCCAAUUCAGAAAGUCUGUCUGCAUCUUCUAAAGCUCUGUUUCCUAGCACAGCACAAGCUCAGGCAGCUGUCCAAGGACCUGUCGGUACAGAUUUCAAGCCUUUAAAUAGUACCCCUGCAACAACUACAGAACCCCCAAAGCCUACAUUCCCUGCUUAUACACAGUCUACAGCUUCAACAACUAGUACAACAAAUAGUACUACAGCUAAACCAGCAGCUUCCAUAACAAGUAAGCCUGCUACACUUACAACAACCAGUGCAACCAGUAAGUUGAUCCAUCCAGAUGAGGAUAUAUCACUGGAAGAGAGAAGGGCACAGUUACCUAAAUAUCAACGUAAUCUUCCUCGACCAGGACAGGCCCCCAUAGGUAAUCCACCAGUUGGACCAAUUGGAGGUAUGAUGCCACCACAACCAGGCAUCCCACAGCAACAAGGAAUGAGACCCCCAAUGCCACCUCAUGGUCAGUAUGGUGGUCAUCAUCAAGGCAUGCCAGGUUACCUUCCUGGUGCUAUGCCACCCUAUGGGCAGGGACCGCCAAUGGUGCCUCCUUACCAAGGAGGGCCUCCUCGACCUCCGAUGGGAAUGAGACCUCCAGUAAUGUCGCAAGGUGGCCGUUACUGAUCUUACUUCAUCCAGUCUAAUAGGUUUGGAGAUUAAACCUUUUCUCAACUUGUGCUGUUUAUAUAGCCAAGCUUCCGUCAAUAAGGCUUCAUUGUGACUUUAACAAACAUUAUCUUCCUACAUACCAGGAACUAUUGGACAUUUAUUUUACAUGGGAAAAAUUAUUUGGAAUAAUAAAGCAGGAACUUUUCCUGAAGUUGCAAUUUAUACUGUAUGGCUUCUUUUUCAUGUUUCAUCUAGGUUUUUAGAAGUGAAGUAUAGUAAAUUUGGUUCGUUAAAUUGUGAAGGCGCUGGAAUUACAUGAACAUACCACCUUAAUAAAGGCAAGUUCUGUAAGCUUACAUUGCUAUUUGUAAAGUUAUGCCUUCACAGCAUUUCAGAUGCUGUUGGACUUUAUGUCCCCAACCUAGCUUGGUGAGGGCUGUAACUGUUUCCAAGUAACUGUACAUUGGAAGUCUGAAUGUGUAACAAUAUUUAAUGUAUUUAGAGUUCCUCAUGUUGCAGGGUUUAAGAAAUCUGACCCACUGAGGUCAUGUGACUUUUCUGUACUGUUAAACUUCAUUGUAAUAAAAUGAGAGAAAAAUUUA